CGGCCCUCCGGUCUCUUGAAACGACAAUGGCGCCGCCCCUUCUUAGACACCAAUCAUCCUUGCAGGGCUUUCUAGACUUCUCGUCGACCUCUGUUCUAACGCCUGAUCAAUUCAAUCAAGCCACCGCGAUUUUCGACCAGAUCGUCUCUCGGUAUGAACCUUCCCAGGCUGAACGUCCGAGUCCGACGUACAAACAUAUUACUCUGCUCCGAACAGUCCAUGAAUCAGUUAUCUCUAAAGAUAUUUUCCUCAAUCAUUUCUUUUUGUUUGUUGAUGCAGAUCUUCAACGUGAUCCCGAUGCUUCUACUCCAACCUUUUCCGACAUCUUGACUCGGUUCGACAAUCUGCACUCUUGGAGUCUUGAACAAUUGAAUGAGUUCCAAGGAACCCUGGUCAACUUUUCAGACUACCUUGUGAACAACUUCUUUCUGCCACUCAAAACAUCUGGCCACAAGACCCCUCAACCUACCCCUACUCUCAGUCUACCGCAAACCUCUGACAAUGUCGUUGGCACCAGAAACCGAGUUGCACGUCUACGACAGAAAUGCCUUACUCGCGACCGCUAUCGAUGUGUCAUCUCUCGCAAGUUCGAUACCAUCGAAGCAAGAGCACGCUGGAACAGAGACCGUGACGAUGCCAAAGAUGAUGACGGGGCUCUGCUUAAAGGGCAAAUGCCCGAAUACCUCGAAGUCGCACACAUACUUCCUCACUCUCUCACAUCAGCCUCGAGCGACCGAGGAAAUCAACAAUUAAGUGAAUCAAAGAAGAUUGCUCUUCAGAUAUUGAGAAUGUUCGAUCCUGAUGCUCCUAAUCUCAUUGAGGGACCUGAUAUCGAUAGACCGACCAAUGCAAUCACACUGACACAUAAGUGGCAUUAUGACAUGGGUGCUUUUAAGGUAUCAUUUCAACCGACGAUUGAUCAAUCUCCACACUCCUAUGUGAUCGACUACAUUAACACCAGUGAACCUUUCCGCGAUCCUUUACUUCCUAUCAAUCGUCAACUCUAUAUCACACCAACCAAGACUAUCGAUCCACCCUCUCCUCGACUUCUGGCCAUUCAUCAUGCUAUCGCGCGUAUUCUCCAUCUUAGUGGCGCCGGGGACUAUAUUGAUCACAUCAUCCGAGACAUGGAAGAGAUGACCAUAAAGGAAAACGGAUCUACCUCACUUGGCCACUAUAUCCGCCUAAAGAUCGAUGGCUGGUUGGACGGAAUUUCAGUUUGUUAACUUACUGGAAUGAGAAUUGGUCUCAUACAUUCGAGCAAGAAAUGUUGAGAUCCGACGCUUCAGCGGAGUUAUGAAUCUCAGCCUUAGGAAUGCCCAUAACGACGUUGACGAUGAAUAUUUUGACCAAGAUUCGAGAUCAAUCCACCACGCGUUGAGUUGAUUGUAACUACUCAGAUUCCUCUUCAGAUGAACCAAGUAUUACUAGACAAGUUCUGGAGUUAUGACCAUGUUUCCAUCGUCGAUUUUCGACCACUACUUCGCUGCGUUUCCUGCUUUGACGGCCCUUUCACUUCAUUCUGAGCCUGUACAUCUCGUCCCCAAGUCAAUGACUAUUAUACCCUCUUCUUUAUGACCUGUUAGACGGCCCAGGGGCCUCCUCCGCGGAGUCCUCCGCCAUCCUGUCUUUACCAACCGGAGGCCUAGUACUAGGCUCACACCGCUCAUUUUGCAGCCCUCUUUAGGCACUUAUUUCUACUCUCUAGGCCUAUUUUACAGGCGGUUUUGUGAGGCGGUUAUGUGAGGCGUCUCACGACGCCUAGCAUUCCACUCCCCGAGGUCUCAUGCCGCGGCGAGAAAUGCCUCAACCAGACGGAGAACUUUACGCUCCUUUUUACUAUAUAAUGGAUAGCAAACAGCCUCAUAGACAUCGAGG